CAUGAGCGGCGAGCGAUUUGUUGAUUGAAUAGGUGCAGCCUGGAGGAUAGGCUAGGCGUAGGCCUUGAUUAGUGGAAAAGUCAGUUAUAAUGUAUGCUAAAAAUACACCUUUUUGUAAUUAUAGAUAGUAUGUUCAUUGAUAUACAAGUUCAGUCUUCCACAUUGAAUGUACCAAGUAACUUGAGGUAACUUAGUCAAGAUGAUGCAGCAAUUUAUAAGCGGUUUGAAGAGCCGCAGCGAUGAGACACGCAGCAAGACGGCCAAGAACCUUCAGCAUUAUGUGACCACUGAACUGCGAGAAGUGUCGGCUGAGGAAUACAACUCUUUUAUGACAACCCUGGAUCACAAUAUUGUACAGCUAGUGUCAAGUACUGAUGUUAAUGAAAAGAAAGGCGGAGUUAUUACCAUAGUGAGCUUAAUUGGUAUCGAUGGUGGCAAUACUACUCGCCUCGGUCGCUUUGCCAACUACUUGCGAAAUUAUACUUUACCUUGUAACGAUGUUGGUGUCAUGGAGAUGGCGUCAAAAGCAGUAGGAAGGCUUGCGCUUGCCGGUGGAACUUUCACGCCAGAGUAUGUGGAAUUUGAAGUGCGUAGGGCUUUGGAGAGGCUUUCAGAGGAAAGACAUGAGGCUCGACGGCUGGCUGCUGUGUUAGUGCUGAAGGAACUGGCAAUCAAUGCGCCAACAUUUUUCUUCCAACAAGUUCAGUCGUUCUUUGACAACAUAUUCAAUGCUGUCAGAGACCCCAAGCCAGCCAUUCGUGAGGGUGCUGUUGCUGCUUUACGAGCAUGCCUGGAACUUACUGCUCAGAGAGAAAUAAAAGAGAUGCAGAAACCUCAAUGGUAUAAGCAAACCUAUGAAGAAGCAGAAAGGGGCUUCCAGGAUAUGAGUGCUAAGGAAAAGGGGUUAACACGAGAUGAUAAACUACAUGGCUCCCUCCUCAUUAUCAAUGAACUUAUCAGGCAUAGUAGCAAUGAUGGAGAGAGAAUGCGUCAGGAAAUGGAAGAGCUCUCUCAACACCAGUCCUUACAAGACAUCAAUCUAAGGGAAGCUGGACCAAUUGGCUUACGUUCUCGAAACCAUCCAGCUGGGAGUAUGGUACACACGUUCCAACCUCAGUAUUCUCUGAAGCCAUUGUCAGUGAUACAUCCAAACUCGGCUCAAAAGCCACGCUUUGUUCAGAGCAGGUACUGCCGCGAACUAAUGGAAGAGAAGUUUGAUUCGGUAUGCAAUCAAGUUCUCAAGUACCGCAGUAGCCGCACAUCUCAGAUACAGCAAACGCUUCUAACAGUUCUUCCAAGAUUAGCUGCAUUUCAACCACAGAGAUUUGUAUCAAAGUAUCUUGAAGAUACAAUGGCCUACUUCCUGAGUUGCCUUCGUAAGGAGCGUGAGAGGUCAAGUGCAUUCCAAGCUCUCGGUUUACUUGCUGUUGCAGCUAAACACAAUAUAUCACAAGAAAACAUUCGCAAGAUUUUAGACGUCAUCAAAAGUAGCUUACCACACAAAGACUACACCCAUAAUAAGAAGCAUAAAGUAGUGGUUGUAGAUCCAGCUGUGUUCACCUGCAUCAGUAUGCUUGCAAAAGCAGUUGGAACCAGCAUCAGCGCAGACAUCAAGGAACUCCUCGAGCCAAUGCUGGCUGUUGGACUUAGUCCUGCGCUGACAGCAUCAUUGCACGACCUGGCCCAUCAGAUACCGCACUUAAAAAAAGAUAUCCAAGAUGGCCUCUUGAAAAUGCUGUCAUUGGUUCUCAUGAACAAACCUCUACGACACCCAGGCACUCCAAAAGGAUACACUUCACCAACACUCCAAACAAACACUACAAACCCACCAGAAAGCUUUGACAGCAACAGCAUGGUGUUAGCUCUACAAACUCUUGGCACAUUCGAUUUUGAAGGUCAUUCGUUGACCCAGUUUGUGCGCCAUUGUGCUGACCAGUUCUUAUCGAUUGAACAUAAAGAAAUCCGAAUGGAAGCAGCCAGGACAUGCUCUAGGCUACUACAACCUUCGAUCCAUUUCCGAGGUUCACGUGCCCCGCACGCUAUGAGUACGACAAACACUCAGGUGGUUGCAGAUGUCCUCAACAAACUUCUCAUGGUUGCUAUUACCGAUACAGAUUCCGACAUUCGCUAUUGUGUUCUAUCAUCGCUAGAUGAACGUUUUGAUGGCCACCUUGCACAGGCAGAGAACUUAAGCGCCCUAUUUGUUGCAAAGAAUGAUGAGUUGUUUGAAAUUCGUGAGCUUGCUAUGUGUAUGAUUGGAAGGCUUAGCAACUUGAACCCUGCGUUUGUCAUGCCGUCUCUUCGGAAAACUCUCAUACAGAUAUUGACUGAACUUGAACAUAGUGGUGUUGGGCGUAACAAAGAACAAAGUGCCAGGAUGUUAGGCCAUUUAGUAUCAAAUGCUCCCAGACUUAUACGACCAUAUAUGGAGCCAAUUGUCAAGGCCUUAAUUCCGAAACUGACUGAGUCAGAUGCCAACCCAAAUGUGGUCAUCAAUGUUCUAGCAGCAAUAGGUGAACUAUCUCAGGUUGGUGGAAUUGAAAUGAGGAAAUGGGUUGGUGAACUUCUACCAAUUAUAAUAGAUAUGCUUCAAGACUCAUCAUCUCUCAACAAAAGAGAAGUUGCAUUGUGGACUCUUGGACAUCUGGUAGAGAGUACAGGCUAUGUUGUGGAACCUUAUAUGAAAUAUCCCAAUCUGCUGGAUGUGCUCCUUAACUUUUUGAAAACUGAGCAGUCACCAAACAUCAGGAGAGAGACGAUUCGUACACUUGGCCUGCUUGGCGCUUUAGAUCCUUACAAACACAAGAUGAACCUUGGAAAGAUGAACCAACCCGGGGAGACAUCUGGUGCAGUAUUAAGCCUCUCAGAUACCAAGGCAAAUCAGGACGGUGAAUAUACAACAAGUGAGAUGCUUGUGAGCAUGGGCAGUGCUUCACUGGAGGAAUUCUACCCAGCAGUUGCCGUAGUAACACUGAUGCGAAUCAUGCGCGACACUUCAUUGGCUAAUUACCACAAACAUGUUGUUCAAGCACUCACCUUUCUGUUUAAGACGCUUGGUGUAAAGUGUGUGCAGUUCUUACCGCAGAUCAUGCCCACGUAUCUUAGUGUGAUUCGCACCUGUGACUCUGGUAUACGAGAGUUUCUUCUUCAGCAGCUUGGCAUGAUGAUCUCAAUUGUUAGACAGCAUAUAAGGAACUAUCUGGAUGAAAUAUUUGCCCUCAUUAAGGAAUUUUGGACAUUAAACAGUUUUCUUCAGAACACAAUCAUCUGGUUAGUAGAGCAAAUAGUGAUCGCUCUAGGUGGUGAAUUCAAGCUUUACCUGCCUCAGAUUGUGCCGCAAAUGCUUAAAGUGUUCACUCACGACAACAGUCAAGACAGGAAAGUCACCAAAACGCUUCUUGGUGCAAUGCAGAAAUUUGGUGCUAAUUUGGAUGAUUAUCUUCACCUGUUGCUCCCACCUGUGGUUAAGUUGUUUGAUUCACAUGAAGUACCCAUGGAUGUUAGAAGUGCUGCUUUGGAGUCUAUUGAUCUACUGAGCGAUACCUUAGACUUCACUGACUUUGCCUCGCGUAUAAUACACCCACUUGUGCGAACUUUGGACUCAACUCCCCAGCUGCAAGAACCAGCUAUGGAAGCCCUCUCUUCUCUUGUGCUACAACUUGGGAAGAAGUUCCAGAUCUUCAUCCCGAUGGUCAAUAAGGUCCUUACAAAGCACAAGAUCACACACCAGACUUACGAUAUCUACAUCAGCAAGAUCAUCCAGGGGUCAACUAUAUCAGAGGUAGAAGAUUUAGCGGUACUUCGAGCCCAGGAGCAAAAAGGAAAACGAUACAAGAAUCAAUCAAACCGUGGCAUGGAGCCGGUAACAAUAAAAAAACUACCAGUCAGCUCAAGCAGCUUAACCAAAGCAUUUACAGCAACGCGUCGUGUGUCUAGAGAUGAUUGGAUGGAAUGGCUGCGACGUCUUAGUGUGGAAUUGCUAAAGGAAUCGCCAUCUCACGCGUUGAGGUCUUGCCAUGAUUUAGCCCAGCAAUACAAUCCAUUAGCCAGGGAUCUGUUUAACGCUGCGUUUGUGUCUUGUUGGUCAGAGCUGACGGAGCAGGACCAAGACGUAUUGAUCCACAACCUGGAAAAGGCGUUGACCUCUCAAGACAUUCCGGAGAUUACACAAACACUCCUAAACUUAGCAGAGUUUAUGGAGCAUUGUGAUAAGGGCCCCCUGCCUCUUGAUACAACCCUACUUGGAGAAAGGGCAUCAAAGUGUCGAGCCUAUGCCAAAGCACUGCACUACAAAGAAGAGGAAUUCCACAAGGAGGCUAAGCCAGCUAUAUUAGAGUCACUCAUAAGCAUCUACAACAAGCUCCACCAGCCAGAGGCAGCCCAGGGUGUCCUACAGUAUGCUUCCAAAACACUGGGAUCUGAAAUGCAACGGCAAGAGACUUGGUACGAGAAACUGCAUCAGUGGGAGAAUGCGUUGGCUGAGUGUGAGAAAAAGCAGGAGCAGAACCUUGAUGACAUGGAACUGAUGCUAGCAAGAAUGAGAUGCCUUGAAGCUUUAGGAGAAUGGGGUCAGCUUCAUGACAUCGCUUGCACUAAAUGGCCUGAGGUCAGUGAUGACUACAGACAACGCAUGGCAUGCAUGGCGGCAGCAGCAGCCUGGGGACUCAACCAAUGGGAGUCCAUGGAUGAGUAUGCCUGUAUGAUACCUCGUGAUACAUACGAUGGUGCCUUCUAUCGUGCAGUUCUAGCGGUCCACCAGGAUCACUUUGCACAGGCUCAGCAAUGUAUCAACAAAGCUCGGGAUAUUCUAGACACAGAACUGACAGCGCGUGCUGGUGAGAGCUACAACCGAGCAUAUGGUGCAAUGGUCAAUGUUCAGAUGCUAUCGGAACUAGAAGAAAUUAUCCAGUAUAAACUGGUACCUGAACGCCAAGAGGUCAUUAAACAGAUCUGGUGGGAUCGACUCCAGGGUUGCCAGAGAAAUGUAGAAGAUUGGCAGAAGAUGAUCCAGGUGAGAUCACUUGUGAUAAGUCCAACUGAUGAUCGCAGAACACGGUUAAAGUAUGCCAGUUUGUGUCGUAAAGGAGGUCGGAUGGCGCUAUCCCACAAGACAUUGGUGAAGCUGAUGGAUGUGGAUCCGUCCUUACAGCCUGACAUGCCGUUGCCAACUACUGAUCCACAUGUAACAUUUGCAUAUAUGAAACAUAUGUGGAAAGACGGUGAUAGGGUUGAUGCAUUUAAUGAGCUGCAUCAUUUUGUCCAAUCUGCUGUCCAGCAGUACGCUGCCACGCUCACUCCUGCAGAAGACUCUUUGGAACGCAGGGAAUUUCAGAAAUUGCUUGCAAGAUGUUAUUUGAAGCUAGGUGAAUGGCAGCAAAGCCUGGAAGGAAUACGAGACAAUACCAUUCCACAAAUCAUCAGCUACUACUCUGCUGCUACCGACCAUGAUGCCAACUGGUACAAGGCUUGGCAUUCAUGGGCAUUUAUGAAUUAUGAAGCAGUAUUGUACUACAAGAAUAAUCAGUCGGCACCAUCGACGCCGUCACAAAACAUUAAAGAACCGGAGUUAAUUCCAGUCGAUGAAGCUGUCGAGACAAUUGAAGAUGUUAAGGAGGAGGUAGAGGAGGAAGGGGCUGGUGAUUCAGAGGAUGUAGGGCUGGAGAAGGGGACAGGUACUCCUCAGAAUAAUAACCACUACAUUGAGACAUAUGCAAUUCCAGCUGUGCAAGGGUUCUUCCAUUCCAUCGCUCUUUCAAGUAGUAACUCCCUUCAGGAUACACUUCGUCUUCUAACUCUCUGGUUUGAUUACGGCCAAUGCACAGACGUUUACGACGCCCUCGUCAAGGGAAUCAAGUCAAUCCAAAUUGACACAUGGCUUCAGGUAAUACCACAGCUGAUUGCACGUAUAGAUACCCCACGACAAUUGGUAGGGAGGCUAAUCCAUGACCUGCUCACCGACAUUGGCAAACAGCAUCCUCAGGCCUUGAUCUACCCUUUGACCGUGGCCUCAAAAUCUACAAGCCAAGCCCGACACUCAGCAGCUGAUAAGAUACUAAAGAACAUGUGUGAACAUAGUAGCACAUUAGUCCACCAGGCUGUUAUGGUGAGUGAAGAGCUGAUUCGAGUGGCGAUUCUUUGGCAUGAGCUAUGGCACGAGGGACUGGAGGAAGCUUCGCGCCUCUACUUCGGUGAGCGUAGCGUAAAGGGAAUGUUCAGUGUCCUGGAACCGUUACAUGCGAUGAUUGAAAGGGGGCCACAGACAAUGAAAGAAACAUCUUUUAACCAAGCCUACGGUCGUGAUCUUAUGGAAGCCCAAGAUUGGUGUCGAAAGUAUACACGUUCGAGGAAUGUCAAAGACUUGACGCAGGCAUGGGAUCUGUACUACCAUGUGUUCCGAAGAAUUUCAAAACAGCUUCCACAGAUGACACAACUUGAGCUUCAGUAUGUAUCUCCAAAACUGCUGAUGUGUCGUCACUUAGAACUUGCUGUACCAGGUACCUACGACCCCAAUCAACCCAUUAUUCAAAUUGAACGAGUCCAGUCAUCACUCCAGGUCAUCACAUCUAAACAGCGUCCUCGAAAACUCAGCAUAUUUGGGAGCAAUGGUAUGGAGUACAUGUUCCUACUGAAAGGCCAUGAGGACCUAAGGCAAGAUGAGAGAGUAAUGCAGCUCUUUGGUUUAGUUAACACACUACUUGCAAACAACCCUGAUACAUUCAGAAGGCAUCUUGAUAUUCAACGAUACUCCAUCAUUCCAUUGUCAACAAAUUCCGGUUUAAUUGGAUGGGUCCCACAUUGUGAUACGCUACACGCUCUCAUUAGGGAUUACCGGGACAAGAAAAAAAUACUGCUGAACAUUGAGCAUAGGAUAAUGCUGAGGGUUGAACGUAACUAUCGUAUCACAUGUGAGAGUGUGAUGGACGUGCUGAGAGCACACAAGGACAGUAUUAUGGCCGUGCUAGAAGCGUUUGUUUAUGAUCCGUUACUUAAUUGGAGACUAAUGGACUCUACACCUAAAGGAAAACGAUCAAAAUCACGAACUGAUGCUUAUUCCAGCAGUCAAGCAGAAAUAUCGGAUGAACUGCAUGGGGAGACACCAUCACAGAAGAAGCCUACACACCCAGCCUCAUCUGUACAAUCGUAUGAUGGCGAGAGCGGGAUCCAACCUGAAGCCCUUAACAAGAAAGCUGUUGCCAUUAUCAACAGGGUCAGGAAGAAGCUAACAGGUCGAGAUUUUUCUGCUGAAACUACGCUUGAUGUGAAGAAGCAAGUGGAGAUGUUGAUAGAGCAAGCAACAUCCCACGAGAACUUAUGUCAAUGCUACAUUGGAUGGUGUCCAUUUUGGUGAUGAAUUGCAAAUAGAAAAUGAAGAACAAACUACAUGCAAAUGAAUUAACAGCUGGA